CACGCAGAGGGACACACGCCCGCGCACACUCCCACUGCAAUGAGAAGGAAUAAAUAUGCUCUGCGUGUACGGAAGACGCCUGAAGGGACUGCAUUUUACAUGAGUUCGCUUGAAUGUAUCUGAGGAAUCCCCGGACGAGGAUUACAAAAUGAUAUGUAAUUUAAAGCGCCUAUAACGGAUCUUUUCUUCAUCUCCUCUCCUUUAUGUCGGGGUUUGCCUCCAGUAUUCAUUGUGCCCAAUGAGAAGAAUUAAGCUAUCCGUCCAUUCAGUUCCACUCAAAAGGAGGGAGGAAAAAAACGGAGGGAGAUGAGUGCAGCAAAUCCCUUUUUUAUUUAUCUUGUAGCGUUCAAUAUGUGAACAAUGUGUCGCCUAUCAGUCACCGAGGGGAUCAGGUCUACGGGACUGUCCCACGCGCUCAGUGCUGCGAGCGGAGCAUCACUAACGCACAGACUGUAAGAGCAGCAGCAGCAGCACUGGCAUCCCAUCCAGGAACCUUUCUGUGACUUCUACCCUGAUUUUAUGAAUAAACAUUGACCCACGCUGUCAGUCGCACUGGAAUGUGGAGUGAUAUCAUGCGGGUACUCGCGUUGCUUCUCGCAGUCAAAGCGGCAUGUGUCCUCCUGGUCUCCUCUCUCACUGGCACAGUGGCGGUGAACAACAGCGGCCGGUGGUGGGGUAUUGUGAAUGUGGCAGCCUCAGGCAAUCUCCUGACCAACUCCAAGAAUGUGCAGUUGGCGUUGGACCCCAGCCUGGCGUUGCUGAGUCGUCGUCAGAGAAAACUGAUCCGGCUAAACCCUGGCAUCUUGCACGCCAUUGCUGCAGGCCUGCAUACAGCCAUCAAGGAAUGCAAAUGGCAGUUUCGUAACCGGCGCUGGAACUGUCCGACCAUCCACAGCCCCAAUGUCUUUGGGAAAAUUGUCAACCGAGGUUGCCGUGAGACUGCAUUUGUGUUUGCCAUCACAAGUGCUGGUGUAACUCAUGCCGUGGCCCGGUCCUGCUCUGAGGGAGCCAUUGAGUCCUGCACCUGCGACUACCGGCGCCGGGGUCCUGGAGGGCCAGACUGGCACUGGGGAGGCUGCAGCGACAAUGUGGAUUUUGGCAGGGUGUUCGGGCGAGAGUUUGUAGAUUCCAGUGAGAGGGGCAGAGAUUUACGGUAUCUGACCAACCUGCACAACAAUGAGGCAGGGAGAAUGACAGUCGAAUCAGAGAUACAGCAAGAGUGCAAGUGUCACGGGAUGUCUGGGUCCUGCACUGUGCGAACAUGUUGGAUGAGACUGCCCAGCUUCCGUGUAGUGGGAGACUACCUGAAGGACCGUUUCGACGGCGCCUCCCGAGUCGUGUACGCCAACAAAGGAAGCAACCGUGCAUCCCAUCGAGCUGACACUCGCCACCUGGAACCUGAGAACCCAGCACAUAAGCUCCCUUCAGCUCGGGACCUCGUGUAUUUUGAAAAGUCACCCAACUUCUGUUCCUACAAUGGCAAAACAGGCACGCAUGGCACAUCGGGACGCACCUGCAAUAGUUCAUCGCCGGCACUGGACGGAUGCGAGUUGUUGUGCUGUGGAAGGGGAUACAAGACUCGUAUGGAGCAGGUCAUAGAAAGAUGCCACUGUACUUUCCACUGGUGCUGUCAUGUGAGCUGCCUCAACUGCACCAGUACACAGACUGUCCAUCAGUGUCUAUGAUCAACACAUAAUUGAACAAACUGACAAACUGGAGGCAAAGGGUCCAAAACUGGAUACUGGAAUGGGCUGUUGGUGUAUCUGGAAGACAUAAAUCAAUUAAUAAACAUGUUAAGUUUAAAUACUGAAGAAAAGAGAGAAGACAGCAAGGUAAAAAGGGACUAAACAAUCUGUUGGUUGAACAGGCAAGUAUAAUGUAUUAACUACUGAGAAAAGUUUGAAAAUACAUGUACAGAACUCUUAGCUGAUGAUAGUCCAGAAACACAAUAUUUUGGUGAUGUUACUGCAACAUAGCUUUAAAUCUAUAGAAAUGGGUCGAGAACCGAGCAUUCAUGUAGACAGUUUGAAAUUCAGCAUGCUGAAGCACUAGUUCUGAGGUUCUAGUUUGUCUUCUCUUCUCCUGACCUCCGUCUCUGGUACUCUUGGGAACAUGGAAGCUAGAAAGUAGUAACUGGACACAGUUUGACAGAUGUUCCUGUGGUUAGCGAACCACAAGCAUGCUCUCUCAUAAACCAGUGCAAAACUCUAACAUAUGGGCGGUUCUUUAAAAUAUUUUAGCGUUUUGUUUUCUUUAGCUGCAGUCCUACUCGUCUCACAUAAAACUGUGUGAAGUGCUUCUCAAGGGAUGGGGCUUCCUUUUCCGAUUACUAUGUAGCGGAAUCCCGAACUUGGCUCAACCUCUUGUGAUGUCCCAUUCGGACCUGCCACACUUCCCGUCAUUGCUUUGAGUCUCCUGCCAUUCUUUAAUACCAUUUAUUAUCAUGUGGUAUACCAUGUUAUUGUACUGAUGGAAAAGUAUUGGGAAGAGAAAAUUAAGAUUGACCCGAGAUUGACUCGUCGAUUCGGCUCUGACAGAAGCAUGUUAUUUCCAAAACUCUUUUGGGAGAGAAAAAGACUUCUGUUGGAAGACUACAUUACGUUGACUACAUUGAUUACGCACAAGUACAUACUAGUUUUUUUAAAAAGUGUGUAAAGAUAAUCCUGUAAAUGCCCUGCUACCUAGUUUACAGUGGACAUACAGUUCACAUAUUUUAAAGAGCCACAAUUACGGAAACUGUAUUAUGUAUAUCAGCUAAAAUAACCAAAAUGUUGUAAAUAUUAUAAAUGGAUAUGAUCUAUAUAUAUUUAUGCUGCAACUUGCAAUGUGAUUUAAUCUGAAAGUGGGGUGAGUACACUAUCAUUAUUUACAAUUUUAGGAGUAAUUCCAUCCAGUUGUGUGCCAAUUUAUACCGAUGAUCACAAAUGGAUGAUCAAACUGAGGCCACAUACAUCUCAGAGACAUGAUUACUUUGUCAGAAGCCUGAUUUUCUUGUCUCUUGACACUUGUUUUACAUGCACUGAACACCAACUUUUAAUAUUGUGAAUGGAAAGUAUUUAUUAUUGUAUGAUGGCUU